UUUCAGCAUGGUAAAACCCCCAGCUGCAGCAACUCUGCCCAAACACCAUGUGUACCUCCAGGGCUGCCCCCGCUGCUAUCGGCACCCACACCAACAGAAACCUGGCUUUUCAGCCUAAACCCCAACAUCAUGGGUUUUGUGAAGGGAAAGGCAGCUCAGAGAUGAGAAACGAAGCCUUCUGACCCCUGCGAGAGGGAAGCUGAGCAGCACAGCUCCUGGGGUCUAUCGGGAGGGAGGCAAUGCCAUUUCUCUCUUAUAACACAAAAAUCAAGAGCGAGGCACCCCAUUUUCCCAGAUCCCACAGGAAUCCGGUGCCUGGGGUGUCCCCAUCCACCAGGACAGCCAGCAGUCACCAUGGUGACCCCGUUUUCCUUUCAGAGCAGUGGCUCCGGGCCCGGCUGCCAGCAGCACCGGAGGGAACUCCACCUCCCCGUCCGGAGCAGAGACUUUGGCCCCGCUGCUCAGGGGCAGGCUGUGAUCCCACUGCCCUCGGCACUUAGACCUUGCACUGCUGGUUUGCAGGGCUGCAAACAGGCUCCUGGAGAAGGUGGCUCUGCCCAAGCCUCCAAACAGCGCAGUUACUGCCCCAGGGACCACGCACGCUGCAGGGAGCCGGAGCCAUGCGCGUGGCCAUCAUUGGGGCCGGGGUGAUCGGCCUCUCCACUGCCCUGUGCAUCCACGAGCGGUUCCACAGCCUGCUGCCCUCCCUGGAGCUGGAGGUCUAUGCUGAUCGCUACACACCCCACACCACCAGCGAUGGGGCGGCCGGCCUCUGGCAGCCCUACCUGAGCGACCACGGCAACCUGCAGGAGACGCUCUGGAAUAGAGAGACAUUCGAUUACCUCCUCGGGCUCCUGGGCUCACCAGCAGCGAAGGAAAUGGGACUCUUCCUAAUUUCUGGCUACAACCUGUUUACGCAGCCGGUGCCGGACCCAUCUUGGAAGAACAUUGUCCUGGGAUUCAGGAACUUGACACCAAAAGAGCUUGAACUCUUCCCUGGUUACAGCUACGGCUGGUUCAACACGGCGCUGGUGCUGGAGUGCAGGAGGUACCUGCCCUGGCUCACCAACAGGUUAACACAGAGGGGUGUGAAGUUCUUCCAUAAGAAGGUUGAGUCUUUCCAGGAGAUGUUUGCCCAGGGCGUGGAUGUUGUGAUCAACUGCACUGGGGUGCGUGCGGGGGAGCUGCAGCCCGACCCAGAGCUCCAGCCCGGCCGGGGACAGGUUAUGAAGGUCCUGGCCCCAUGGGUGAAGCAUUUCAUCAUCACUCAUGACAUGGAACACGGGAUCUACAACUCACCGUACAUCAUCCCGGGGAGUGAGUUCACAGUCCUGGGAGGGAUCUACCAGCACGGCAACUGGAAUGAAGCAAACAGUGCCCAGGAUCACAAAACCAUCUGGGAGAGCUGCUGCAGGCUGCUCCCGGCUCUGCAGAAAGCAAAGAUCGUGGAGGAGUGGAGCGGCCUGAGACCAGCGCGGCCCGAGGUGCGCCUGGAGCGGGAGACCAUCCGCCACGGGCAGUUCCAGGCACAGGUGAUACACAACUACGGCCACGGCGGGUUCGGGAUCACCAUCCACUGGGGCUGUGCCAUGGCAGCAGCCAGGCUCUUUGGGAGCAUCCUCCAGGAGAAGAAGCCGGCCGGCUCGCCGCAGCCCCGCUUGUGAGUUACCCAGGACGAUGGUGACAGCAGUAGCUUAGGAAUCCCAGCAGAAAGGUGGGAAUAACACAGUGCUACACAUGGGCUCUUUGACCCUCCUUCCAGCUCCAGAUCAGGUUCAUAGAGUCUCAUUUUUGGGAGCUGCCAGUUUUGUUGCUGUCAUUUGCCACACGGCCGAGUUCCCUCCACCCCGGCCGAGCACAACCUGCCUAAAGGAAGUGCUUCAAAACAUGGACUAAUUGUUUGUUUCACAGUGCACUUCUGCCCUGGGAUCAGUCUGCAAAGGGCAGGCAGGGUUCAGCUGAAAUCCUGACAGUCCUGCAGUUCAUCUGCAUGAUGGGACAGGAUCUGAAACUGAGCCGGUGCCACCUGAGGUCUCCAGUGCCUGCUCCAACACCCAGCAUGUAAUUAGAUUUGCAAGCUUCCCCCAGGAGGCAAAAGCUCCUUAGUAGGAAGAAGCUCUGAAGCUCCUGGGGAAGUAACAACCACUCUUAAAGCACGUGCUGCAGUUACAAUAGCUUUUCUUACGUUCAAACCAGGACAAAGAGCAUGGUCCACAGCACCUGGUUAGUGUUUCUGGCAACAGACAGCAGCAGUCGCCUAAAAUGGGCUUCCCAAAUGAUGUUUUUAGCAACAAAAGCAACAUGUCCCAGCCCUGUGUACUUGCCAGACUCUAUAUAUAGCAGAAGCAUACACAAAAUAGCUGUUCUCGGCCCUAAAACUCCCACGGGCCCUUCAGUUCCUCAUUUCCUCCCACCGUGAGACACAGCUGGAGCAGCGCUGGAGCUGCCUCAGUGCUUCCCAGAGGGAUGGGGACUGCUCCAGGAGGGUCUGACCCUAGAACACAAACAGAAAUGAUUCCUAUGUAAUUUUCUGUCUGAUCGUGCUGAUUUUCUGAAAGGCCACAGCUCAAUGGGUGUGCACAAUAAAGGUAAUGUUCAAACACC